GAAACAUGAGCAAAAAUCUUUAUUUGCCUGAGUUUCACGAAAAAGGCAAUUUAAUCAAAUAAUUUGAACAGAUAUACGAUUUACAAAUUGAUCUGUUACUGCUUUUUAAAAUCGUGAAUAGUUAUCGAUUAGGCAAGUAUAAAAAAUGAAUUUUUAGUUGACAUUAGCCACACUGCUACAGUUAAUCAGCCAACUGAGCAAACCAGUUGUUUUCUUCGAGUUGGAUGAGAAGUGAAAAGAUCGUACAAUCAAUUAUUUGUUAACUUUCUAUAAUUACUUAUAACAAAAAAACAUUAUCCAAGUUCUUGUGCUUUGAAUAUAUCUUUCUAAAACAUUAUAAUAGAUGCAAUAUUUUAAUCAAGCCAACUUUGAGGCCUUUACUUUGUGAAAAUUGUUGUGUGGCUGCGACGCCUACAGCAAGUGUGCGCCGUCUUAGUGGAAGAAGCAGCAGCGAUCGCGGUCUUUUUUUCUCUACCAUCAUAUUUAUAUACUUUAUUAUCAGCUGUGGUUUUCUUUUAUAAAUCUAUGAGAAAAGUGAAACAAAUAUUUGACUGUGACCAAUCUAGGAAUUUGGAAGAGUCCCAAUGUCUUUGAAGCUUAAAAUAAAAAUAAACAAUAGCUAUGAAUCGGAAUCCGGGUGUGGGUCUUCAAUCAGUGAAAACAAUGAUUACAGCAGCAUUUACUAUGACGAUAACCUGGACUAUAUCAUAAAACCACCGUCCUAUAGCAAUGAAGUAACGAUAACGACCUCAACAACAAUGGCUCCCAUAACCAGCUUGCAUCACACCAAUGACAGUAUAGCUUCAUCGCUAGCAAGCAAAGACGACAGUGCUCGCAAAAAGGACAAACGUGACUUGCUAUUUGGCAUACCAGUUAAUUCCAGUCAAGAGUCAUCUUUUGAAGGAUUUGGCAAUAGCCCCUUUGACAAAUUGCAUCGUAUUUUCUAUACCAAACAAAACGAUCUUGUUAAUGCUGCAAGCGGUAGUCAGUCCAACGAAAACAACAACAAUAAUAAACAAAUGGCGCCGCGUAAGCCUUCACCGGGUAAACUUUUAUUCACCAAGUUCUAUGAUACAAUUGUGGAGGAAAAUAGCUGCAAUGCUGUCGACCUACAGUUGUCCAAUGAUCCCGCCCCACAACCAUUACGUAGAUCCAGUAGCAUUAGUUCCAUGUCAAACAACACUGAUGCCAAUCCCUCUUCGGAGUUGUCGUUCAAUGGCAAAAUAAACUGUUUGACCAAACGGCAGGAAGUGCUAAAUGUUGCCAUUGAGCAACCAAAGCUGGGUACUGUAUUGGAGACUUCUUUAAAUACAUCGCAGCAGCCCCAAUUUUCUGAGUCUUUCAUUUUGAAAAAAUACAGCAACGAAAAGUCGCCUGAUUUAUUUGGUGACGAUGAUGAUGAUGAAGAAGAAGAUGUAGUGGAAGAUGCAGAAAAUGAGAAUGAGGUGGACGCAGAGGUUGCAGAAGAAGGUGCCGAAGGCAUACUGGAGAUGCAACCUCUAAAAACUAUUAACGAAAAUCCUGGAGCCUUCGAAACAUUAAAUGAAUCGCAACAAACUUCAAUAUGCCUGAAUGAUACAAAUGCCAAUAAUUCAUUCAAUUGUCCUGCCGAGAGUAGUUUUCCCAAUGAAGAUCAAACCAUGGAUUGCAGUUUAACUCAACAAAGUGCUGGCGGCGGCGGCAAUAGCUCAAAUUCGUACACCUUGUUUAAGGAGAAUUGUCGCCGCGAAAGGGAAAUGUUGAGGCGUAUACGUAAGUGUUUGGCCGGUGUGUUACCGCCUCCAUCGGUUACUAUACCCCAAUUGGAUAUGUUUACGGCCGUAUUGUCAAGGAAAAAUGAUAUUUUAAAUUAUUUCAAAAAUUCCCCUUUAAAAGCAAGCGCCGAGACUAAAAUUUCCAGUUUGUUUAAACCCACCCACACAUUGGAAGAAACAAAAUCGAUGCCAUGGCGCGAUAUUUUGGGCGUUAGACAACAUGGUUUAAGCUACAAUGUUACCAAAGCUUCGGAAAACAAUGAAUACCUUAGUCUCUCCAUUGUGGAACGAUGUAUAGGUGCUGAAACGGCCACUUCUUACAGGAAUUCACCCUCAUCGGCUAAGAAAAGAAGCACUCGAAUGAAAUUAUUGUGUCAGUCACCGGGAAAUCGCCUAAGUCAUUUAGCCAAACGACGUGCAAUAUUUUCAUCCGCCCAUUUGGCUACUACCUCACAGAAGUCCAGCACAUUGUUGGGUCCACAAAUUAUGCUUGACAAAAACAAAAAGACUAAAAAUCGUCGUAAGGCCACACCCAAACGAAUGACACCUGACAGCAAAAAGAAAAACCGAAAGACCCCAAGUUCAUCGGCAAGAAAACGUCUAUUUCGUAAUGAUCUUAUAAAAUCAGGUCCAUCCAGAGAAACCUCGAAACGCGCUUUAUUCCAGAGUCCCGCCAAACAUGUACAACAGAGAUCAACAACUUUGCCGAAACCACCGUCAAUGAAACCUGAGCUAGCGAAUCGUGUUGAGAAAUCCAAGCGUGCUUUACUCUUUACACCCGAAAAACAGCAGCAACAAUCGUGCUUAGAUCAAAGGAGUACAACAAGAACGACUGAAAGCAGUUAUUUUGCCCCAAGUACCUCUAAUUUGGAAUCGUUACUUAAACGCAAACGAAAUCCCUGUGAUGAUGCUGAAGAUGAAGAUAUAGCCGCACAAAAUAGUAAACUGCUGAAAACAGGCAGCUCAGGUCUAACACCCAGAGCGUUAAAAAUUAAAAGCCAAAGUUUUUGCAUUGGGGCUGGAUCCUCGUCAGCAAAACACUUGUCAAGUGCAUCAAGUUCGAACAAAGCCAUGUCAACAAAUGUCAGCGGUAGCAGUAGUAGCAUAAAUACCCAUACUUUAAAUCGAGCCACAUCGAUUACCUCAUUGGGUGGUGGCCCUAAAUUACAUAAAUCCUAUUCGGAAACUGCGGCAUCUUCGAAUGGUUUAACGGAAAACCAAAAGAAGAAGCUGCUGUGGGCCGUUUCUCAAGCUCUGCAGGAGCGCAAGAUCACGGCCAAACAUGAGAGCUUUAAGCAAUAUGCUUCUAUACUGGCAAGGGUGGUCAGAAGGAUAUUCCAGGAAUACCAUCAAAAAGGCAGUGCAAGUAACAGUGAGACUAUGUUAAGAUUGGCCAAAAAGUAUGUGUUUAAUGUAACAACUGGCGCUUCGGCGGAUGAUAUCUAUCUGCAAGCCAAAUCUCAACUAGAUGAUUCAAAGCGACAAUCUACUUCUCGGCUGUCGGGCUAUAUAGGCCCAGAAGAAUAUCAGCAACUGAAACAGCAACAAUCGCAAACGUUGCUUGGUCACGCAUUCGGUAGCCACAAAGGUUCCGCACACAACAUUUUCAAUGGUGAUAAUUCCUUCGAUUCUUUUGGACUGAUGAGCCAGAAUACAUCGGGCUUUUGCAGUGGCAGUAAUAACGUGGUAUUAUCACAGACAAGUUUCCUGGGCCAAAUCACACAAGAUGUUGUUGUAGAAACCUCACAAUCGUCGAGUACGCGUAGCGGCAAAAAAGCCUCAUCGGAUCCCAAUAGCAGUAUACACAACAGCUCAUCGAAGAGUAACAUCUAUGCAGAUGCUUUAAGAGAGAAUAUGGACUGUGAUGUAAGAACUUCGGCUCAGAAGAACUUCACUGGCAAAGAUCAACGCAAUAUGAUACCAUAUGCAGGUAAUGGGGGCGGCUCAGCAGUGAAGGCCCAUGCCCAAUUAGUCACCGAAAUUGUUACAAAUAGUGCUAAGGCCCGAAGGCAAAUAACAUUUGAUAGUUAAUAUAGGAUGCUAGGCGGUGUUACUUUUAAUUUAUUUUUCAUUAAGGCUACUGCUAAGAAACGAGAAUAGAGCAUACAAGUAUUUGGCAUUCUGAUGGAUGUACUUACCUAUCGCACCUAUUGCAGAAGUUCCAGUAAAGGCGAAAUGCAGUUACAUUGUCUGUGGUGUCCUUAAAGGAAUGACAAAAAAAAACUAAUUUAUUUUUGUGGUGAGACCUUGCUAUUGGCGUAAGAGCGAUUUGAACAGCCAAAACAAAAUAAACUGAAUUUUGAGUUUAGUCAUUUUUGUGGUACAGGUGCGAUAUAUUGCUCUUAACUAUAUGAAAGUGUAAACUUUAGUUAAUUUUAGAUCUUUAGAUGUAUUUGUAUCAUAUAUACAAUCUGAAAUGAGUUGGAAGGACACAUAUAUGAUUUGGUUUUAAACAUUAAUCAGGUUUAAACACUGUUUCGCUUUUUUGUUUGUUUAUAAAACUAUCUCUUUUUCAAAUUCAGUUUACUUCCAUGUUCUUAUGCUGUAUUAUUGGUAUGAAGGAUUUCCUAAACUCCAGCACCUCCGACCAGAACUACCUUAAUUUUGCAUUAAACCUUUUUCCUUUGAAGUAAUCGUUGAUUGUAACAAAACAAUAUUCAUAGACAUACAUAAAAUUUUACUAACCAUGAAGAAGAUUGCAAUAUUCUAAAAUAUUAACUCUACAUUUAAAUGACCCUAGUGAAAAUUAAGAUUUACCAAUUACAAAAAUUUUUUAAAAAUUGAAUUCUUAUUAUUAAUAAAGUUUUUUUUCCUUUAA